AUGCACUUCGCUCUGAUUCUUCCAUUUCUCACAGCGCUGGUCGCUGCAGGGCCUAUUGAAAAACGUCAAACUAUUCGGCUCAAUGCAGACGAGUUUGUGGAGGGCGGUUGUCGUGAUACGAUUGUAUUCUUCGCCAGAGGAACCACUGAGGGUGGUAAUAUGGGGAGUAUUGUUGGGCCACCUUUUGCAAAUGGCUUGAAGGACUCACUCGGCGAUGCGAACGUUGCGAUACAGGGUAUUGAUUAUCCGGCAGCUAUCGCUGGUAACCUCGUACCAGGCGGUGCUGACCCAGGCGGCAUCCGAACAAUGGCCGACUUUUUGACUCAAGCUGCCGCGCAAUGCCCGGAUUCCGCUUUGGUGGCUAGUGGCUAUAGUCAAGGAGCAGCACUCGUUCACCGUGCAGUUGAAGAUCUUCCACAAAACGUGAAAGAUCAAAUGGUUGCAGCGGUUACCUUUGGCGACACACAAAACGAGCAAGACAACGAACAGAUCCCUAAUUUUGAUCCGGCGAAGACAUUGAUCAUCUGUAACGCCGGCGAUGCUGUUUGCAGCGGCUCUCUUCUCAUCUUGCCAGCUCAUCUCACUUACGGAGUUCGGGCAGACGAAGCUGUUGACUUUGUUGUUGGAAAGGUCGGCGUCGCCUGA